CGCCUUUGUAUUUGGUGUGCCCAUGCGAUGAUUCGUCGGUAUGGGAACUCCGGUGUUCGUGCGCUUGAUCAGAACACCGUAAAAGAGGGAGAGGGAUGCAGUGAGCCACGUGACCGAGCGCGUGUUCAACAGUAACAGCUGCACCGAUGCAGUCCUUUCAAUUCACGUAGAACCUUCGUCGAAGCAACACUGUGGCGAUCAGCAGAGCGAAGUCGCCCUGGGAUUCGGGGUCCUAAACAAAGUCGAGACAUACGCUCUUCAGUUUGGCUCGCGGCGCGAAUCGACACGAGACCGAUCGCAAAAACGCGCGAUUCCCGAGGAGCGAAAAAGUGAUUGCAAUUAGAGUGACAGGAGGUCAACCGCACCCCGAAGGAUAAUGGAUAACCACCGCGUCAGGCUGAUUUGCAAUCAACCUCUGAUUCUGGCGGUCGUAAUUGUGUGUGCGCUGGCUAUAUUUAUCGAGACGGCUGAGAGCAGGCCUCACAUCAGGCACCAUCGGGACGGCUCGCACUGCAGCAGAUGCGGUCCAGGUUGGGGCGUGAUUAGCCGGUGCGCCCGCGGCCGCGACACCCAGUGCAGAAGAUGUCCCGCCGGCACUUACAGCCCGCAUCACAGCACGCAGCCCUGCUGGAACUGCGCCAGGUGUGGGCCAGGCCUCUACGAGGCGCAUCCUUGCACGACCCGCUCAGACACCGUCUGUGAUUCUUGCCAUCGCUCCGCGCCGGAUAACCCGGACUACCGGCGGAAGUGCGACGGUCGAGCGAGAUUCUUCCUAGCGCCGGAAGACGCGCGCAGCACCGCCGAGGAGAGCGUGCUGGUGAACGAGCCGGCGUACCAGUUCCAGCUGAGCGACCGGGAGCAGAUACUGGAGAAGGACGUGGAGGCCAUCAUGAGAGACCAGGCGGCCGUCCGGCAGGAAGAGUCGAGCAGGAGACUCUAAUCCGGACGACCGUCCGGACGUCGGUCCCGGCUGACGAAGAUGGUGCUGGCGACGAUCCUCGCGCGUCGAUACGGACGAACGUUGCCGCGAGUCCACUCGCACUUUUGAGGCUCCGCGCGAGAUCGCGAAGAGUCGCGUAAGGGUUCGCAUAAAUUCGUAGAGCGAGAUAAGAAUCACGUGGGCUCGACGCCGACGUCGAGCCUGCGAUACUAGUCAAUUAGCGUGUAAGAGGCCACGCUUAGCCAAGGGAUAGCGUAAGGGGAGGGGAGGAGGGGUACGGGCUUAAGGGCGGCAGUAAACUCUCGUUCGUGUAUUUAUUUGCGAGAGGAACGGUGGAACGGGAGAGUCGCGAAACGUUCCUCUCAGAACAUAGGACACCGAUGCUCCCUCUUCCCCCCUCCUCCUUCCCCACCCCCCUCGAGUCCCAUCGAAGACAUCGGUAAAGCAUUUGAACUAUUCAGCAAGAGAGAAAUCUGAUUUAGGCACAGACUUCUAUAUAUAAGCUAGACUGAGAACUUUCAUUGGUUUUCAUGUAUAAAAGUGACCCUUAUGUAAAACAUAAAAUCAUACGCACAUGCGCAUUGCAAGAUCCCAAGUUAGUACUCUGUAUAUUGAAUGAACAUUGAAUGUGUGUCAUUGAAUGUGACAUUGCGAGAGGAAAUAUUAAAUACUGGGUGAAUAUUAACAUUUUUUGGAAUAAAAAUGCCUGUACGGUGCAAUUAUGUUCUUUUCGGGAGCUUGCAAUACGCAUGCGCGAAAUUUUAAUACAUACUUUUAGGGGACGCGUCAAAGAGAUCAGUUAUCGGUCUAGUGCAGUGUUCUUCAACCUUCUUUCUCUCACGGCAUACUCAAACCUAUGGACAUGUCGCGACUUAUGCAUUCGUAUAAUCAAUUUAAAGAGGCUUCAACUUUGAAUGUAUAUAUUUACUGUGCUUUGAACUUGUUUUCGAAAAUAAUGUAACUAAUGAUUUUUGAAAAUAAUUUCGCGGCACGCCAGUGUGCCGCGGCGCACCGGUUGAAAAUCACUGAUCUAGUGCAUACUACUGUGGUUAAAAAGUAUCCGAACUUUAUUUUUAAAAAUUAAAAUUACAAUUCAAUCAUCAAAGUUCUUAUAGUCUCCUUCAAAGUAGUCCCCAUUGCUUGCAACUCACAUAUGUCAGCGUUUGAUCCAGUCCUAGAAACAUCGCUCAUACGCGGCGACAUGGCUUUCAAUUCACGCAGCGAUUUUUCUUUCACGUCCUCGUUUCGAAACAAUCGUUGUCCGCGAAGUGGUUUUUUCAGUAGAGGGAACAGGAAAAUGUCGCAGGGGGCCAUGUCUGGUGAAUACGGUACUUGCGGAGCGACAUUCGUUAAGUAUUUUGUCAGAAAUUCACGCACAAGUGUCGAGGUAUGCGAUGGUGCGUUGUCGUGAUGCAAAGUCCACGAGUUGUUUUCCCACAAUUCCGGUCGUUUCUUACGGAUUGUGUGCUCCAAGCAUGAUCCAAAUGAUAUUCCAACUUCAUCUGCAUAUCUCUCGCACAGUCAAUCGACAAUUUUGGAGCACCAAUUCUUUCACUUUCUCAAUGUGAGCGUCAUCCGUUGACGUUGAUGGUCUUCCAGAGCGUGAGUCGUCUUCAACGGAUUCUCGUUCUUCUCGAAGCUUCUUAAACCACUCAAACGUACUUGUUUUCGAUAAACAACCAUCGCCAUAAGCUUUUUGCAACAUUUUGAAUGCGUUUGUGAGCGAAAUUUCGUUCGCGCGACACAAAAUUUCAAACAAAUUCUUUGCUCCAUAUUUUUCAACAUCGUAAAAAUCGCCGUGCACAACGAUCUUCACUGACAUAAACAACUGCCACUUUCAAACGGCUUGAAGGAACGCCAUGAUUUUUUUCACCAAAUGUGAAGGACAUGUGUACCAAAUUAAGAAAGCAAACGGAUUUGAUUUACAGUUCACCCGCGAUUUUAAAAAAAUAAAGUUCGGACAUUUUUUUAUCGCAGUAAUAAUGUAGAGGUUUGUGGACUCAGGGGUACACCGCGCUCUCGAAAGAGAGAGAGAGAGAGAGAGAGAGAGAGAGAGACAGAGAGAG